UUGCAUGGUGGCCUAGAAACAUGUGCCUCACUCACUAUUUUGCAGGGGCGCCUUACUGGAAGGUUGCUUCUCGCCUUGGGCGACUUGUUGGUUGAAAAUGGUGGGCCCCCAAAACGAGUAGAAGCCUUCUUUGAGGGCCCCUCUCGCUUCACCACAGCUCAAGGCUGGACUUUCUGAGCCGAAAGUAGAAAGCCAUGCGGCGAAAGUCGGCCAGAAGACGUGCAGCCGCCUUGGCCCUUCUACCGCUGCUGCUGAAGUGGUCGGCAUGCUUCGCCACACCUCUCAGCCCGCGCCCGCCUUGCGAAGUGGAAUCCUGGAAAGCCUGGAAGCCGGCAGCGAAAGUCUGGACACCGGAGCCCACAGUACUCCGAGCGUCCUGGCGUGUCGACGCCAAAGUCAUUGCCAUCGGGUCCUCUCAAGCGCCGAUCAGGUCGCCGCCUCUGGCGCUGUGCGUCUUGCUCUGGUCCCUUUGGAGCUUCGGCACCUACACGCUGCUGGCGGCUUUGCUGAGAUCCUGCACCCGGCGCCAGUUCGGCAACGCCGAGCUGCAGCUCCGGCUGAUCUGAGGCCAGGGGAAGAUGGCUGCCUAGUGAGCUUCCGUGCCACCCUCCAAAUCCAAAUCUGUCAAUUCGACCAGGGUCACUCAACUGUGUACCUGAAAGCCAGCGACUCUACCCAGCGGCGCCAUCGGGGUGAAACCAGUAGGACCUUCUACACGUUG